AUGCUCGUGCGCGCAGCGCGCCCCACCGCAUCCCCGACCUUCUCCGGCUACAGGGACCGUCAGCGGCGACUAUGGGCAGACUGGGCUACUGGGCAUUGCUGCUCUUGCCGGCCCUUCUGGUCUGGCGAGGCCCCGCGCCAGCUGCGGCGGCCGAGAAGGGGCCUCCAGCACUGAACAUCGCGGUUCUCCUGGGCCACAGCCACGACAUGAGCGAGCGCCAGCUGCGGACGCUGUGGGGUCCCGAGCAGGGCGCGGGGCUGCCCCUCGACGUGAACGUGGUGGCCCUGCUGAUGAAUCGCACCGACCCUAAAAGCCUCAUCACCCACGUGUGUGACCUCAUGUCGGGGGCGCGGAUCCACGGCCUGGUGUUCGGAGACGACACAGACCAGGAGGCCGUGGCCCAGAUGCUGGAUUUUAUCUCCUCGCAGACCUUCGUCCCGAUCCUGGGGAUCCACGGAGGCGCGUCUAUGAUCAUGGCUGACAAGGACCCCACAUCCACCUUCUUCCAGUUCGGUGCAUCCAUCCAGCAGCAGGCCACAGUCAUGCUGAAAAUCAUGCAGGACUAUGACUGGCACGUCUUCUCCCUGGUCACCACCAUCUUCCCCGGCUACCGCGAGUUCAUCAGCUUCGUCAAGACCACUGUGGACAACAGUUUCGUGGGCUGGGAUGUGCAGAACAUCAUCACGUUGGACACAUCCUUCGAGGAUGCCAAGACUCAGGUGCAGCUGAAGAAGAUCCAUUCGUCGGUCAUCCUGCUCUAUUGCUCCAAGGACGAGGCGGUGCUUAUCCUGAGUGAGGCACGCUCACUGGGCCUCACCGGCUAUGACUUCUUCUGGAUUGUGCCUAGCCUGGUGUCAGGCAACACGGAGCUCAUCCCUCAGGAGUUCCCAUCGGGCCUCAUUUCUGUCUCUUAUGAUGACUGGGACUACAGCCUGGAGGCCAGGGUGAGGGACGGCCUGGGUAUCCUCACCACGGCCGCGUCGUCCAUGCUUGAAAAGUUCUCCUACAUUCCCGAGGCCAAGGCCAGCUGCUACGGGCAGUCGGAGAAGUCUGAGACGCCCCAGCACACUCUGCACCAGUUCAUGGUCAACGUGACGUGGAAUGGCAAAGACUUGUCGUUCACAGAGGAGGGUUACCAGGUGCACCCCCGGCUGGUGGUGAUCGUGUUGAACAAAGACCGAGAGUGGGAAAAGGUGGGCAAGUGGGAGAACCAGGGCCUGAGCCUUCGACACGCGGUAUGGCCACGCUACAAGUCCUUCUCAGAUUGCGAGCCUGAUGACAACCACUUGAGCAUCGUCACCCUGGAGGAGGCUCCCUUUGUCAUCGUGGAGGACAUUGACCCGCUCACCGAGACGUGUGUCAGGAACACUGUGCCCUGCCGCAAGUUUGUCAAGAUAAACAAUUCCACUAAUGAGGGUGUGAACGUCAAGAAGUGCUGCAAAGGCUUUUGCAUCGAUAUUCUCAAGAAGCUCUCGAGAACUGUGAAGUUCACGUACGACCUCUACCUGGUGACAAAUGGGAAACAUGGCAAGAAGGUCAACAAUGUGUGGAACGGCAUGAUCGGAGAAGUAGUCUACCAGAGGGCGGUCAUGGCAGUGGGCUCACUAACCAUCAAUGAGGAGCGCUCAGAAGUAGUGGAUUUCUCUGUGCCCUUCGUGGAAACAGGAAUCAGUGUCAUGGUCUCCAGAAGCAACGGGACCGUCUCUCCCUCUGCAUUUCUAGAGCCCUUCAGCGCUUCUGUCUGGGUGAUGAUGUUCGUCAUGCUGCUCAUCGUCUCGGCCAUUGCGGUCUUUGUCUUUGAAUAUUUCAGCCCAGUUGGAUAUAACCGGAACUUGGCCAAAGGCAAAGCACCUCACGGGCCCUCGUUCACCAUCGGGAAGGCCAUCUGGCUGCUAUGGGGGCUGGUGUUCAACAACUCAGUGCCUGUGCAGAACCCCAAGGGGACCACGUCCAAGAUCAUGGUGUCUGUGUGGGCCUUCUUCGCUGUCAUCUUCCUUGCCAGCUACACGGCCAACCUGGCUGCCUUCAUGAUCCAAGAGGAGUUUGUGGACCAAGUGACGGGCCUCAGCGAUAAAAAGUUCCAGCGGCCUCACGAUUAUUCCCCACCCUUCCGCUUUGGCACGGUGCCCAAUGGCAGCACGGAGAGGAACAUCCGUAACAACUACCCUUACAUGCACCAGUACAUGACCAAGUUCAACCAGAAGGGUGUGGAGGACGCGCUAGUCAGCCUGAAAACUGGGAAACUGGAUGCCUUCAUCUAUGAUGCGGCCGUGCUCAACUACAAGGCUGGCCGGGAUGAGGGCUGCAAGCUGGUGACCAUCGGCAGUGGCUACAUCUUUGCCACCACGGGCUAUGGCAUCGCCCUGCAGAAGGGGUCCCCCUGGAAGAGGCAGAUCGACCUGGCACUGCUACAGUUUGUGGGGGAUGGAGAGAUGGAGGAGCUGGAGACCCUCUGGCUCACAGGUAUCUGCCACAAUGAGAAGAACGAGGUCAUGAGCAGCCAGCUGGACAUAGACAACAUGGCGGGCGUGUUCUACAUGCUGGCGGCUGCCAUGGCCCUCAGCCUCAUCACCUUCAUCUGGGAGCAUCUCUUCUAUUGGAAGCUGCGCUUCUGCUUCACUGGCGUAUGCUCCGACCGCCCGGGGCUGCUCUUCUCCAUCAGCAGGGGCAUCUACAGCUGCAUCCACGGUGUGCACAUCGAGGAUAAGAAGAAAUCCCCGGAUUUUAGUGGCUCCCAGACCAACGUGCUGAAGCUGCUGCGUUCGGCCAAGAACGUACCACAUGCAGCCAGCCUGAACCCCGCACGCCUUGACUCUCCCAAGGGUACUGCUGAUUUCAUCCCCCGAGGCUCACUCAUCAUGGACAUGGUCCCCGACAAGGGCAACCCCAUCUACGCUGAUGCCCGGGCCUUCCCUGGCAAAGACGGCUUCUUCGGGGAUGGCAUGAAUGAGCUGCAGACGUUUGUAGCCAACCGGCACAAGGACAAUCUUAAUAACUAUGUCUUCCAGGGACAGCACCCUCUGACCCUCAAUGAAGCCAACCCCAACACUGUAGAGGUAGCCGUGAGCACCGAUGCUAAAGGCAGUUCCCGUCCACGACAGCUCUGGAAGAAAUCCAUGGAGUCCCUGCGCCAAGACUCGCUGGGCCAGAACCCGGGGAUGCAGAGGGAGGAGAUGGUGAGUGAGAACCGUGCCCACUCACUCAAGAGCCCACGCUACCUCCCUGAGGAGGUGGCCCACUCGGACAUCUCAGAGGCAUCGAGCCGGGCCACCUGCCACCGGGAGCCUGACAACAGCAAGAACCACAAGACCAAGGACAACUUCCGGAGGUCCCUGGCCUCCAAGUACCCCAAGGAAGGCUGUGAGGCAGAACGCACGUCCUUUCUGAAAACCAAAGGCAGCUCCCCAAGGGACAAGAUCUACACCAUCGAUGCCGAGAAGGAGCCCAGCAGCUUCCAUCUGGACCCACCACAGCUGGUGGAGAACUUGGCCAUGCCCGACAGCUUCCCAGACCCUUACCAGGAUCCCAGCGAGAACCUGCAUCCAGGGGAUGCCACGCUACCCCUUAACCGGACACCCCUGCACAAUGCCGCCACCACCACAUCCGCCGACGGGCUUCCCAACAAUGACCAGUACAAGCUCUACUCUUCCAAGCACUUGACACUGAAGGACAAGUGUUCACCGCGCAGUGAGGGCAGUGACCGCUACAGGCCCAGCUCCACGCACUGCCGGAGCUGCCUGUCUCACCUGCCCACCUAUGCUGGCCACUUCACCGUGCGGUCCCCGUUCAAGUGUGAUGCUUGUCUGCGUCUGGGCCACCUCUAUGACAUUGAUGAGGACCAGAUGCUGCAGGACACUGGCCACCGGGCCGGCCCGGAUGACCCUUACCAGCAGGACUGGGCCCAGAACAACACGGCGCAGCUCCCAAAGAACAAGUUGCGCAUGAGCCGGCAGCACUCGUACGACAACCUCCUGGACAAGGCUCGUGAGGCUGACAGCAGCCGGCCCAACCGCAGCAUCAGCCUGAAGGACCGCGAGCGGCUGCUGGAAGGCAACUUGUAUGGGAGUCUCUUCAGUGUCCCAACCAGCAAACUCUUGGGGAACAAAAGCUCCCUCUUCCCUCAAGGCCUAGAGGACAGCAAGCGGAGCAAGUCGCUCUUGCCGGACCAUACCUCCGACAACCCUUUCCUCCACUCCUAUGGGGGCGAGCACCGCCUGGUGAUCGGGAGGUGCCCCUCGGACCCCUACAAACACUCCCUGCCCUCACAGGCUGUAAGUGACAGCUACCUUCGGUCGUCCCUGAGGUCCACCGCGUCAUACUGUUCCCGGGACAGCAGAGGCCACAAUGACGUGUACGUUUCAGAGCAUGUUUUGCCUUAUGCUGCAAAUAAGAAUAAUCUCUACCCAGCGGCCCCCAGGGUUAUGAACUCCUGCAGCAAUAGACGCGUGUACAAGAAAAUGCCUAGUAUCGAAUCUGAUGUUUAACGACGGCCGUUCACAUGGUUUGAGCGCCCCACCACCUCACCCCACUCCCCCCAGGGAAACCCGUGGAAUGGCCCAAGGUUCCUGAGGGUAAAAUAGAUGCUGGCACGGUCGGUCAAGGCAGGCCAGGUGGAGAGGAGCAAGAGGCGGCGGAGGAGGGUCCAAGACUGUUGGCGACGUGGGUUCUUUGCCAUAUGCAUGUGAUAAAGCUUCCACUGGCAGGACCCGUGUUGAGCAGAUCGAUGAGCCCUGAGCCAAAAACAGGCCCAAAUGUGCGUGUGCACGCAUACAUACACACAUACACACACAACACACCCAUACAUGCAUAAACAAACAUGCUAUAGGGCAUCUCUUGGACACAACACACCAGACAAGUUGGCAAUAACGAUGCACUGAAAGUUGACAGACACGUGAUGAUCAAGCCCCCAGAUCCCAUUGUGACCAACCCACCCCAGAAUUUCUACUCCAGAACCACCUCCCAGUUUCUCCCACAAUAAGCAAUAUGGUAUGCAUGGAACCCCGACACAGAGCCCGCAAAACAGCCAUGAUGAGCGUCCCCAUCCCCACUCCCAAAACCUCUCCACCCCCUGUGAUCAGAAUGCUCAACAUGCGGGGAAAAGAUUUUGCUUUAUUGUGCCACCUGCCAUCCGCACCCCAGCCUCACCCCAGAACUUUCGGUUCCCUCAGGUGUGUGCUGUUGGUCACUCGGUGACCUCUCCAGUCCGUUUCCAAGACAUGUUCAGAAGGACGGCCACAGGGGCCUCCGAACCCCCAAGGACAGCUGUGAGAAACCCAGCAGUAUGUGUAUAGAUGCCACCUCUGCCCCCCACAGUGGCACCCACAGCUCUGCGUCUUUUACCCAUGUGCACCUCCCAGCUCUGACACAGCGGGCAGCCCUGGGGGGUCCCUCUCUGCCCCCCAAGACUCCAGUGUAUGUAAGUUUGCCUCCCCCCACUUCUGGUGAUGACUCAGGGUUGUAUAGUAUCUGCCCCCAUCCCCACCUUCCCAGAGUAACCUUCCCACGUCCAGCCCAAUCUUCAGCAGCCCUGACUGCAUGUCGCUGUCCCAGCCUUUGCCCAGUGCCAGUCCCUUCUGGGAGUUAAAGAACCCUCCAGGCUCACCUGCCUUGGAUGUUGUCCCCACCCUCACCUAGUUUGAACCAAAAGCCUUUGGAACAUGCAUGUGAGCGCGGGCAUGUGUGUGUGCGCAUACACACACCCUGAGUACCCACCCGACUGACCCACUGUAGUGGGACAAGCGAGCCCUCUCUUACUGAAUAGUCCCUCUGCUGUGAGUAGUCAAAGCCCCUCUCUUCCACACUGAGGUGGAGUGAAAAUUGUGCCAAGCAUCUGUCAUUUCUGAGUCCAUUUCUAUUAAUCCACUUUAGGUGCGUGAAAGCUGUGCAAAGGUUAGGAAACCAUCUUUAUGAAA